AUGCCCUUUCUCAGCAAGCUCACUACCCGUGCCCGAAAUUACAAAUCUGCCAUCGCCGCCGCCGCCGUCGUCCGUUCGCUGAGCUCCUCCUACCCUAACCCCGACCCAUUCGUCAUCCCCGAUGACCCCACGUCCGGCCACUACGAUGAGCUCGUCAACUCCGUCGGCCGCGAGGGCGACUUCGACGCCCUCUAUCGCCUCCUCAACAAGCGCAUCAAGGACGGCUGCUUCAAUACCGCUCAGACUUUCCGGUUCCUCGACGAGUCCUCCCUCCCCGCCCUAGACGACCUCGUCCGCACCUUUGUCCGCCUGGAUGCUGGGUUCACCCAGAAGAACGCUUUCGACUCGCUGGUAUCGCGGUUAUGCCGGCUCGGCCGCGUGGACGAUUCCCUGCGCGUGGUGGAGGUAAUGCUGAGUGCCGGCGGUUGCAGGGUCAAUGCGGUGACCCUCCAUCCCAUCCUGAACCAGCUCACGAGGACGAAGGACUUCGACCGUGCGUGGCGGGUGGUGGAGGAGAUGAGGGGGAAGGGGAUUCCGCCUGACCUGACGGCGUACAAUUACUUCCUCACGGCGCACGCUGCCUCUGGAGACCUCAGCGGGACGGUGAAGAUGCUGGAGAGGAUGGAGGAGGAAGGAAUGGGGGCGGAUACGCGGACUUAUGAUGCCAUGGUGCUGGCGGCGUGCAGGGCAGGAAAGCCAGAAGGGGCGGUGGCAGUGCUAAGGAGGAUGGUGGAGGAAGGGGUGCCACCGCUCUACUCGACGCACAUCCACGUGAUCAAGGCCUUACUGAGGCAGCACCGCAUCGCAGAGGCAGUAGAGUUUGUGAGGACUUUCGCUGGAAAAGACGAGAACUUGGAUUCGGAGAACUUCGGGAUUAUGGCGAACGAGCUGAUCAAGAAAAAGCGAUUUGCGGAGGCGAAAUCGAUAUUGGAGGAGAUGGAGAGAAGAGAUCUUAGGGCACCGGAAGAGUGCAUUUUUGUGAUUUGGAUGAUUCGAUACGAUGAGGAAAUGCUGCUGUUACAGUUUCUCUUUGCUCAUUUCGUUGAAAUCUGGGCUAAAGUAGGGGAAAGACUCUGCAGGAGCUACUGA